AUGGCGGCCUGCCUGCCCCGGGGCUGGCUGCCCUCGCUGCUCACCGUGGUCCUGCUGAGCCUCCGCAGCCCCGCGAUGGCCCCCGAGCUGGUGACAUCCCAAGACGCUGCACUGCUGGAGGAGGUGCGCGAGGACAUCCUCUGCUUCUCCCGCUCCUUCGAGGACCUCACAUGCUUCUGGGAUGAGGAAGAGGAGGCGAGCGGGAUGAGCCACUUCUACUACUGGGACGUGCCCACGGCGUGCGCAGUUUCCACGCAGCGCCGCGAGGCCGGCGGGACGCGGCACGUCUGCGCCUUCCCCAGCCAGGACGUGCGGCUCUUCACCCAGCUCCACGUCCUCGUCCUGGACGCUGCCACCAACCAGACCAGGCACCAGCGGGAGCUCAGCGUGGACGUGGUGGGUCUCAUCGCCCCCCCGGUGAACGUCAGCGCCCGCUGGGCCGGAGCCACGGGGCAGCUCCACGUGUCGUGGCAGCCACCACUCCCUGACUACCCAAACUUCUUCCUCUACGAGGUGCGCUACAGCGCCGUGAGCCCCGCGGGGACGCCCCACGGCACAGCGUGGGACCCCGGCAAGCAGCACACCGGGGACAGGGACCCCCCCACCCAUCUGAGCAGCAGCACCCACCCGCCCACGGCCGGGGGAGCCGCAGCCUCCCCGCGAGCAGGGCAGGGGCUGGUGCAGGCCGACACCUGGGUGGUUCUCCAGCACCUGCGGCCGGGGGUGAGGUACCACAUCCAGGCGCGCACCAAGCCCGACGGCACCUCCAUGGACGGCGUGUGGGGGCCCUGGUCGCAGGCGGUGGCCGCGGAGACACCCCACUCCUCCGGGGACAUCGGGCUGUGCUGCAGCACCCCUGACCUGCAGCACAUGCGCUGCGAGUGGAGCUGGGACCCCGCGGAGCACAGCAGCUCCCACGAGCUCUUCUACCAGGAGACUCCACGUGGGGCUGGCAUAAGGGAAGAUAUGUGGCAGCGGUGCCAGGAGGCCAGCGUGGGGAUGCAGGGAGCCCACACCUGUACCUUCCAGCCCAGCAAUGACAGCGCCAUCGCCGUCCUGGUGAACGUCACCCGGCCCCACGUGCUGCCCAGGCUCAGCUACUUCAAGGAGCCCUUCUGGCUGCACCAGGCCGUCCUCACGGAGGCCCCGCAGCUGGUGGAGGCGGCGGUGGCACAGGGCCAGCUGAGCCUGCAGUGGCUGCCGCCCCUGGAGGAGCUGGCGGAGCAGCUGGAUUACCAGGUCCGCUACGCCGCCGAGAGCAGCCCCGGCUGGAAGGUCCUGCAGGUCCCGCGGGCGGCCAGGGGAGAAGUCCUGGACUUGCGGCCAGGCGCCCGCUACCGUGCCCAGGUGCGGGCCCGAGCCGGGGGGCCGCGGUACCAGGGCAGCUGGAGCGCCUGGUCCAAACCCGUCGUGGUCGACGCCUCGGCCGACGCCGGUAAGGGUCGGGAGGUGUGCUGAGGGGCGCGGGGCUGGGCGUGUGAUGGGGUCCUGGGCUGCGCCCAGCACCACCACCGCUGCUCCCCCGAGGCAGGCUGGAUCAUCCCGAGCGUGACGGUGCUGCCGCUGGUCUUCACGGGAGCGCUGCUGGGGCUGCGGUGCACCUUCCCCUCCCUGUACAGCAGCGUGAAGCAGCGGCUGUGGCCGCCCGUCCCCGACCUGCACCGCGCCCUGGGCAGCUUCCUGCACGACGGCGGCAAGCAGGGGCAGCCGCAGGCCUUCUACAAGCAGCCGCCGGAGGAGGCGGUGCUGCCCUGCCUGCUGGAGGUGCUGCCCGCCCCGCCGGGCGCCCUGACACCGCCGACGCCGGAGCCCGCCGCCGGCCGGCCGCUGCCCCGCGCCGGGGCGCCCAGCACCGACAUCGCCAACCAGUCCUACCUGCUCGUCAGCGGCUGGGAGCCGCGCGGGCCGCCCUGAGCCGCCCCCCCCCCCCCCCCAUAA